UACUUACUUUAUUUUUGGCGCAAUGUAAGAAGCGGGAUGUGCAAUAGUCUACUGUAUGUGUAUAAACUCACUCUACCACAGCGGAGAACCAUCGGGAUGCUGCUGUUUGAACUAAAUGGGAACGAGCUAAUGUGAAGGUCUUUUUAGUAAUGGACACCCCAUGUUCUGUGACUCGGAGGCAGGCCUGGGCUCAGUGCAGCCGCCAGUGGCUUACAGUGGAGGACAACGAGCUGCAGACCAGCGGCAUACAAAAUUCCCCAGCCACUCAGCUGCAGGAUGAGAUCUUUACAAAUAAUAGGUCACAAAGUAGUGCAAAUGAAUGCUCUACAGGAAAGAUUGAAACCUGGCUCCAAGGCUGUGGCCAUGAAGUCGGCCGUGACAACCCAGUGCAACCAACUGUUGAAUCGUUUUUGAAGGCUGGUAACAGUUUUGAGGAUGACCUGGGCCUUGGGGCUGAAGCCAUAGCACCCGAUGAUGGAUUUCAAGAUAAAGAGUUUGGGCAUUGCCCACUGCUCCUGCCUCCUCCUAAAUCAAGGAAACAUUUCCAUCUUUUUUUUUCCGUUCGUUUUUCAUUUUCAUUGUGUUUGUGUAUUUAG